AUGAGCGACCCUCGGAUCGAUGAAGCCAUUGCCGCUGGCCAUGUGCCCCCGGAUGUCCCCCUGGAUGUUCUAAAAGAGUCUCGAGACACACCGGCCAUCGCGAGCAUUGUCGUCGUCGCUGUCCUGACAUCGUUGGUCGUCAUGUGUAGACUGUAUUCGCGGAAGUACAUUACAAAGAAGUACGGAUUUGGCAUCGACGACGGAAUAGCUCUCGCGUCGCUACUGGUUUUUAUUCCUUUUGCAGCUCUAUGCAUAGUGCUCAUCAACCUAGGCGCUGCACGAAACUUCUUGUUCGAGUUUUUCGUCAUGACCGAGGACGAGUAUAGGAAAGUACAGCUCAUGGAUUCCAUCGCGCACUUGGCUUAUAGCACGGCGCUGGUGCUUUGCCGAGUAUCGGGAAUCGCAUUUUAUUACCGCAUUUGCUACCUGGACAAAAAGUUCCUCCUAGCCAUCAAAAUCAUCUUUGUGAUUAUAAUGCUAGGCAUUUCGCUUGUCUGCGACUUCCUACUCUUCGGCAUUCCAGCGGCAAUGCUCAAGGGCUUGGAGCUGCCACGGAAACAAAAGCUUCAACUGGCUUGUACGCUGUUCCCGGGCAUACUCGUUAUCGGCAUCUCUGUCGCGCGGGUCGUGCUAGUCACCGACUAUGCUGCCGAGACGGACGACGCUUUUGGAUAUGCCUUUCUCAAGUUGCUUUGUGUCGAGGUCGCCGAGGUCGGCGCCACAAUUAUUGCCGUGUCGGUCCCGGGAGUCAAGCCGAUGGUGGACAAAUAUAUACUGACAAAAGACAAGGAGUCCCACUCCAGCAGUUCAAAUUCCAGGGGUUCAAGCAUGUCUUCCAGGGAUGAAAUAAAACCGCAUCGAGGCCAAGUGCACAUCGUGGAGCUCUCAAAGGAAAAGGGCGGAAGAUAG